AUGGCGAGCUACUCUUCAGAUCCUUGGUCCCCUCGACAAACUACAGAAAACACAUUUACACCAACAGGAACAUCUCAAACUCCAUUAUCUACCUCAAGACACUCAUAUACAUCUCAUUCAGAUACUCAGCGCCAAUCCUCCGAUGGCGACGACUCGGCACACAACAUGCGACGAAUAGUUAUUUCUCCCUCUCCUUCCCGCGAAAAUUCUCAUUCAGACGACACGUACUCCGACGACAACUCGCUCGAGGAGGUUGAAGCCACUCUCAACAAUCUCGACGACGAGUUCGAAGACACAGAGCAAGCCCUUUCACAUUGGACGCGUGGUUCUUCAAGGCAGAGCUACACAUCUCCUGGGACAUUCACCAGCAGUUACACCGGCUCCCCCUCAUUCACAUCGCUGCCCACAUUCACAUCUCGUUCACCUGUUCUACCCCAUGCCGACCCUCGUAUGCGUCUUAGCAGGAUUACGGAGCGUACAGAGGAUUCCCGACCCACGUCAGGUGCCUUUUCAGCUGCCGCAGCGCGCCAGGUCACUCGCACACCCGACAACCUUCGAAGGUCUGCAUUGCUGGGGGGAGGCACACCGUCUCAUUCGCGGUCCUCUACAGAUCCCAGUUCUGAUCGCACUUUACCACCUCCUGGGAGAACUACAGAACUCAUUGCGGUGUUUGAGGCGCAGAGUCCUGCAGGGGGGCAUGGGCGAGCGGCUUCUACUCCAGGGUUUCGUGCCCCGAGUCCGUUAGUUCCACCCACAACGACGACAGGUUAUGAAUAUGGGAGCACAAGCUAUGGAUACGGCAGCACUAGCUAUGGUUAUGGGUCGCGUCCAUCGUCUCCAACCAAAUCGAGUGGGUCUUCGGGGUCCUACACUGGGCCAAGCCUUCUGUCACCACCUGUUCAUACAACUUCAACAAGUGGCUUUCGAUCUACAACCCCAGGGGGGACGCAGACUGGAACUGGCUCGUACACGAGCCCUCCCACGUAUACCGCGACUCCCAGCACCUUUUCAAACACAUUGACCCAAAGUUAUACUAACACCAAUACAAAUACUUACACCACCGGCACACCUUACACACAAUCAGUAACAGGAACGCCCUACACGCAAUCAGUAACAGGUACACCCUACACCAACACUGGAUCUUUCACUCAAACUUCGGUGACACCUCCAGCAGGGCUUCGACGUCCGCAAGCAUCACCCCGUUCCCCUCUUGCAUCUGUGAGGAAUAUCGUUGCGUUAUGGAAGGAGCGUACUCCAACCAAGUCUGGAGAGAGACCGGGUAUUGGAUCUGGUUCAUCAGUAUCCCCUCCCCUACCGGACGAUGAGGGAUUAUUUGGGAUUCGGAGGAGGGUGCAACGCGCCGGACAACGUCUCCGCGAGACGGGCGUGCGCGACCCAAUCGCUCCAACCAGACCUGGCAAUCAACUAGCAGCCGCGGAUAAUGCAAGUAUCAGAAGCAUUCGAAGUGGAGUGCUUCCCGCUGGGUUUGACGCGGCUGAAUUUAGCCCAUACACUCAGAGUGAGGAAGCGCCGUUGCACAUCGGCAUGCUUUGGUAUCUCAACGUUCACGCAUCGCCCCCGUAUCGUUGGCAGCGUUGUCAGGCUUUGCUUUAUCCACACAUGCUUCUGUUGUCCUGGCUUGCACCAGGAGGAGGUCGAGGGAUUGUUGCCCUCGAUUUGCUGAAUUGCACAAGCGUUCAAUCUGCGCCUUCGCCGACUCAUCCCAGUGCUCGCGAUGAUGUUGGUACCUUUGCUGCUAGACUUCAAAGCUCGGAGAGGGAUGGACAACCCUUGAUGGAUAUGCUUGUUCCUUUCCACAUGUUGUAUGCAGAUGGAGUAGAGCGUUUGGCCGCAGAGAGUCUCCUUGAGAGACAGAAAUGGGUCAACAGGCUUUGGGAGGCCGUCAACCGUCCCGUUGCCAUGCCUGAAUCUUCAUCCAUUACUCGCUCUCCCACUGGAUCUAUCAGGACGAUAUUAUCCAUUGACAGCCGAAGCAGCAACUCAAGUGUUGGCUCCCGUUCGACCGUCUUUGUACCCCCUCUCAGCUCUCUCCCAGACAUCUCAGAUGUGCCAUCCAGCCAUUCUUCUUACCGCUCAGGACUCUCUCGUCACUCCUCCCUUGUAUCUUCGCACCACACUGGCACAGUGGAUGAUAUGGUGAUUCAGAACCAGGAGUAUGUUUACCCUGGUGAUCGUCGUGUUAUCAAUCCUCAGAGAGGGCCCUCGUUGAGACGUACUGGGUCUAUGACGGACUUGGACGAAGAGUUUAGAUCAGCACUUGAACGUGCUCGAGGUGCUCGUCCUGGACUUGGUUUCCCCAGCCAAGUUCUUGGUGGGUCGCCUGUGACCAUUUCUAGUGGUUCCUCCCUCGGAAAAAAUAUCUUUGUCACGCCUCCUCCUAGUAUUGGACGGGGCAGCGAUAAAGCUCGCUCUGACAUCACCGACGAACACUUUUUCAGCGCAGGUUCGUCGGGGACCAGGUCGAACGUGUCUUCCACCUACUUCUCUCAAUCCCCAGCCUCCUUCACCUCCUCUGGCGGUCUUCAAACAACCACUGGCUUGAGGAGCGACACUAUCACCGGUCUGACAUCUGAUACCCAAGCUGGUCCUUCUACGUUCUCGAUGACUCGAGGAUCGUUGUCUGAUUCUGGAUCUUACCUGGGUGAUUCCAGAGGUGAUUCGGCUUCGUUGACAGCGAUGUCUUCAACGACACUCUCGAGGGCUAGGCAGGUCAGACGAAGGGCUGGGACUGGCACACGCUCUUCAACGUUGUUGAGCGAGGGGAUUUCGGAUAAAGAGAAUUAUCUUAGUGGGAGUGGCAGCUAUACACCUGGCAGCGGGACUUACACUCCAGGAAGUGGGAGCUAUGUUGCUGGAAGUGGGAGUGGGAGCUAUACCGAAAGUGGGAGCUACACGCCUGGAAGUGGGAGCUACACACCUGGAAGUGGGAGCUAUACUCCGGGAAGUGGGAGUUAUACGUCUGCCAGCCGCAGUUUGGAGAGUGGAAGUUACACUCCGAGCGGUGGCUAUACGGCGAGUGGGAGCUACACGCCUAGUCAAAGCUACGUUGGCUCUGGAAGUUAUACGCCUAGUGGGAGUCAUACGCCUAGCAGUGGGAGUUAUACUCUGGAAAACGGAAGUCGAACGCUUGGGAGUCACGGCUCAUCAAGCAGCAGUGGUAUAGGCAGGACUCCGAUCUCUUCCAGUGAAACGGGUUAUGACAUCUGCCCAUCUUCCGAUUUUACCUCUCUUGAACCAACCCCCUUCACGAGCGACACUGAAACCGCAACUCCCGUAGCUCCUGCCUCUGUCGUUUCCGAUGUUGCGUCAGACAUUCUCUCGGAGAAAUACGUGACUGCAUCCCAAGCGAGUACAGAGUAUGUCAGUGCGUCGCAAGGCAGCGAUGAAUACCUGACGGCUGAGGUGGCUUCUUCCGGCGAGUCCACGUUAUCAUUCAGGUCUCUCUCAUCCAUCCCUUCGCUCUCGAGCUACAAAACAGCGAAAUCAAUAUCCUCUUACCGCACUGCCUCUGAGCCUGGUGAACCGACAGAGUAUGUCACUGCGGACUUGUGUCUAUCCGAACCAGCAACAGAAUACAUCACUGCCGAGUUGUGUCCAUCCGAGGUUGAAGAUAUUCCGUCUGAAAAAAGCACUCCUCGGCUAUCUUCGUUGCAUCUCAGCUCUGAGCCUGAUGAGGAAGUGAAGAGUAUUCAUAGGGUCCCAUCUCUUGUCCCCACAAUCAGAUCACUAUCCAGCAUCUCUGACCUGAUGCCUGAGGAGAUUCCCCUUCCUAUCUCGUUGUAUUCUUCCUCAGCAACGCCCACACCAGUUAUUCCUCUUUCUACGUUGUCUCCAACACCAUUGCAGUCCACGGAGGAAUCAUCAGAUGUUCAAACUCCUUCCUCUUUGCGCACUCUCACUGUGACAGCAGAGACACGGAGACUCGAGACUGAAGAUUCUGAGAGCCUGGUAUCGUCACUGCCUCUUAGUACCUUACCUCCCACUACGUUUGGUUCGGAAACGUCUGUCCUGACUCCGUCAUCACUCGCCAUUUCCUCUGGAUCAACUACAGCUGGUACUCUCCCGCCAUCGACAGCCCGUGUAUCGCCAACCACAAUCGCCUCUUUUACGAGUUCUUUAAGCUCAUCUAUUUCUGAUUCGGUAGAUCUCACGACCUUCACGCAAUCAUCUUCAUCUCUAGCUCCACCUCCACAGCGUUGGGAUGCGGAAUCCAAUGCAUCUUACGAGUCUUCGAUGCUCGAACCCUCACCUUCUCUCUUGUCAAUCGCCUUGCCUGAAGGGCAUGAUACCUCGUUUGAGACAUCUAUCUUGCGGGCUAGUGGAUCCGUUUCAUCGAUUGAUCGUCUGAGCACAAUUCCUCAGUCUCCUCUAACAAGUGCCUCUGCGUCUGUUCAGAGCCCACUCCAGUCAUUAACACCUGUUCCUCGCCUUCCAUCAUCCAUUUCAUCUUCUUCAGAUAUAAAGACUCCAACAAGUCUGUCCUCUUCUGUGUCCACCCAGAGUGCACCUCAGUCACUCCAGUCACCGUCACCUCGUCUUCCACCAUCAUCAAUAUAUUCUGACGAUGCGAUGACUCCAACAAGCCUAUUUUUGUCCGUGUCCGCUCACAGUCCACUUCAAUCUCUCACUCCCGUUCCUCGCCUUUCACCCUCAACUACUUCUGCAACAGACAUGGCGACUCCUGCAAGCCUCAUUUCGUUCGGGUCUGCUCACAGUCCACUUCGAUCACUUACGCCCGUUCCGUCUCUGCCGCUAACAGUUUCAUCUGCGACUGAUGUGAGAACUCCAGCAAGUUUAUCGUUCAGCCUUGCUUCGUCAAGUUCGUUGGGCCGAACUCCUUCGACUUUCUCUUCGUCUUCCUUUGUCUCCCAGUCUUCACUGAGCUCGUAUAUAUUUGACUCAAGGUCUUUGUUGGAAGAGCCUGGGUUUGAUGUCGAUCUUGAAAGUGAGCCCUCAACAGAGCCGUCAUUACUCACUACUCCGCCGGGAUCAGCGCGCUUGCCCUCUUUGGCACCGUCGUCACCCCCCAGCACACAUCUCGCAACUCCUGAGGGCUCGGUCGUCGUGAGCUUCUCCACGCCCCAUGGAGCUGCGGACAGUGAAAAGUCAAGUUUGAAGACAACGGAAACUGAGAGUGCGGUCACUGAACGCGACAUUGGUCGAGACAUUGACCGUCUUGCUGAGGAGCUUCGUCGAUAUGAUGAUGCAAGAGGGUUGGAGAAUCAGGACAUUGCUGACAAUAUCAGAACACUACAAGACGAGCUGCGAGGGUUGUCAGAUUUCUUGCAUAGAGUGCCUUCGCCUGAAGCUGUCCAGCAGACGACUCAACCACAGUCCGUCCCGGUGACAACAACUCCCCGACCACAGAUGCAACCUCAGAUUCAACCUCAAACUACACUAGAAACCCCACGUGGAGUGCAAUUAGUGGAUCGUGCUGCUGGUGGAAGCAGUGUUGUGUCUUCGUUGCGUCCUGGUGGUCCACGCGACAUGGAUCCUGGUGUCUCCCUCAGCCGUGCUACCAGUUCUGAAUCUUAUCCGCCAUCACCUCCCUUGUGGCACUCGUCAGUUGAAUCUGAUGCAGACAUUGAAGAGACUCUUUCUUCAUCUACUUACACCAGCUCCUCGCCAGGUAGUUCAUCCACCCCACCUCUGCCGCCCUCUUCUCCUAGUCCAUCGUCAUCAGUGACGGAGACGGAGACUGUGCGGCCAAUCGCAUCACCACCUGAUGUACUAGGGCCUUUAUCUGCCAUACGAGAGCAGCUGAAUGCAUUACAGGAAGGUCAAGUGCUGACGAACGAAUUGAUGGGCACACUUCGUGAUCGACCCGUUCCAGUUCCUGAGGACCAUACAGCGGAACUUACUGACCGACUCCACAGAAUUGAGGAACUUCUCCGGGACCUGCUUGGCCAGGAGCAUCCACGAGCUCCACAAGUUGUCAUCGAGCGGGCCCCCACGGAGCCUAGUGAGGUUGCAGAAUCCAUUUCAGGUUCAACUUCGUCUGAAGGUCGUCUGCAAGCCAUUGAUCAUCUCCGAGACAUUCUCCGCAAUAUCAGUGGUGGCACAGAACCUCACAUGCCUAUUCCUGUUGCACCCACAGUGGGUCCUUCAUUAUCCCAGCAACUGGAUGAGAUCUUAUCUGCUGGCUCCACACUUCCUCCCUUGCAAAUACAACACCCCCCGCCAUUUGUCCCCUUCGUCUUCGAGCCCACAGAUCGAUCGCGACUGAGGAGUACUAGUCCCAUUUCGAUAGAGACACUUCCAACGCGGCCAUACACAGAACCGCCUUUGCCAGAGCCGGUCUACCGAGAUCCUCGUGGACCUGGCCGUCGGCGCACUGUCAGUCGGCGACUACCACCGCGGCCUGAAGGAACAAUACCUCAAGCACCAGCUGAUUUUCCACCUCAAGAACCAAUCCAGUAUCCUGUAGACGAGGAUGCAGAGCGUAUUCUUAGGGACCUACGACGACAGCGUGACGAAAGGCAUCAAGAACCAAUAACGCAGCCUGAAACUUUCCACCACGGACGUGGCCCACCCCCUGGUCCUGGUCAUCCACCACCUAUCUCGACACAGGAUAUUCCACCUCGAUCCCAAACUGCACCCCAUGAUUUAGCUAGUGGUGACCCUCGGCGGGGUCCCAGCUGGUACCUUCCUUCUCGAGAUCAGAGACACAGGCCGCCACCUAUUAUACCUCCACCAUCGAUCCUUCAACAAGGACAGCCUCGACCGAUGGCACCACAGACACAACAGGUGCCACAGGCACAGCAGGUACCACAAGUGCCCCUCCCAGGACAGCAACAAGUGCCCACAUAUUUACCUAUGCCUGCUGGUCCUACUGUUGUUCAGAUGCCGCCGCUAUUCAACUCGCUUUUGGAGAUAUUAAGGGAGAAUCGUCUUGCCCAACUUGCAACAGUGGACCAACAACGUGAACUUAUGAGAUAUAUGCGAGGGUUAAAUGGCUGGUUGGAGCGAGACGUACGUGAUCGCCAAUCGGAGCUUCGAGGGGUCAUUGCGCGUGUCGACCAGCUGCGAGAUGAUCUACGGGGUAUGCGUUCACAAGUCCACCUCAUAGGUGAACCCAGUGAUGGCACAGGCUCUCCAGAUGGCCCUCUGGGUCCUCAAAUGCCCCAGCCACAAUUCAGACCUGGACCUCAAAUGCCUACACCGCAUCAUUUUGGAGGCCCUCAAAUGCCUACACCGCAACAUGUUGGAGGACCUCAAAUGCCUCAACCGCAACAUGUAGCGGGCCUACCGCCUGGCUUCCAACCAUAUCCUAUGCAGAUCAUACCUCCAGUGAUCCCCCAAGAACGUCGUACGCCCACCCCGCCUUUCCCCCCUGUCAUCCCUCAGAUGCCUCAGCAACAACCAGGGUUCAUCAUGGUUAAUCAACCAGGUGUUCCUGUCAUACCAAUGGAUGGCUUCCGUCCUCCAAGUCGUAUGCAUUCUGUGCCACCCCCACAGCACAUGGAACAGCCACCUACUCCCUUCAUUCCACCCAUGACUGGAAGCCACAGCACAGGCUCACCAAGGCGGCAUCCGAUGAUGCAGAUGCCAAUGCAUCAUCCCAUGGGACCCAGUGUCAUUCAUGUCCCAGCGGAAGAGGAGAGUAGUAGUGCUCGCUCUUCCUCCCCUCGAAGUUCCAGCCGUGGUCGUUACAGGGAUUCCGGACGCACAAGGCCCAGUCGCAGUGGAACUCGAAGAACCGGUAGUUCUCGUAGAAGCCAUCGACGCAGUCGCAGCUCCAGCAGGUCAAGUAGAUCGCGAACACCGCCCCAGCAAAUCCUUGUUACACCAGGUCCUGGUAUGACCCCAGGAAUGAUUCCAGCUGUUAUGCACGACCCUCGUUUACAACACUUCCCUCCUGUGCAUGUAAUUCCACCAUCUGCACCGGGGUCUGUUCUUAGUCCGGGUGGUCCACGCCAUCCGGAAUUACAAGGUCAACUACCUCAGCAGCAGCCACCAAGCACUAUCAUUAUACAGCAGCCUGGUCAGCAACCUAUGAUGGGCCAGACUCCAAUGCCAAUGGGACAACCAAUGAUGACGGGACCUUCUGGACUUCCCUACGCUCCCCCUGGGGCCGGGCCAGUCAUUUUCCAAGAAGAAAGCCCCCUUUCGUCUCGCUCAUCUAGUAGAUCCGGCAGAAGACGGUCUCACAGUCGGCACAGAGCAACUCCACCUAUCAUGGCGGGCCACCCAGCUGCUCCUCCUAUUAUUCUAGCAGAUACGAGGCGCUCAAGUUCCCCGGGACGACCUCUGGAACCAUACACGCAAAUGCCACCUCCCACGACGAUCUUACCACCUCAGCUUUACGGAACUGGUCCCCCAGGGGCAAUUAUCAUACCUGCAAGGUCAAGGUCGCCAAGGUCUAGCUCCAGUCGAAGUUCACGCGGUCGUCGCCGUAGGCGUCGCAGUGAUAGCUAUGAGCCACCAAUGAUUAUUGGAGGGACCCCCUCUGUUCCUGCAUAUCCUCCAUAUCCUCAACCAACAGGAACAGCUCCGACACAAGUUCUUCUCCCAGGUGGUAUGGUUGGCCAACCCCCCCCUGUUGUCUUUGCCGGCUCACAUUCAAGGUCACGAUCUCGAUCUCCUCGACAACCGGCUGUUCCUAUCAUCGUUCCGCCGAUUCAGCAACAGCCAACUCAUCACGAUCAUCGGUCUUCACCCCGCUCUUCUCGACGGCGUGGUGAUUCCCCACGUCCUGCCUAUCCUGCCUAUCCUGCCCAAGUGGUUAUUCCCAGCGGAUAUCGUGAUUCGCCAUCACCUCGAGGAGGGGAAAGGUACCCACGUGAUCGUGGCCGUCGUUAUUCAAGUUACAGCCCUAGACGCGACUCACGGGGAAGGAGGUAUUAUUCACCAUCUCGCGAUGACAACUAUGGAAGGGGCUAUGGAAGGGACCGUGGAAGAGAUUAUGGGGACUAUGGAAGGGGACGUCGUUCUCCCCCCCGUCGUGGCUACUCGCGAGGUUACACUCGCUCUCCCACUCGUGAAGACGAUCCGAGAGGCCCUCGAGACAGACCGCGAGGAAGAUAUCGCGAGGAUCGCUCUCCCACUCGUGAAGACGAUCCGAGAGGCCCUCGAGACAGACCGCGAGGAAGAUAUCGCGAGGAUCGUUCUCCCACUCGUGAAGACGAUCCGAGGGGUCCUCGAGACAGACUGCAAAGAAGACAUCCUGAGGAUCGUUCUCCCGAACGUCUCAGCAGGCCACCCACAGGGAUACAUGGAACUUUUCGAUCUUCGAGGGCUCCUUCCACUGAGUACCAGGAACAUCGUCCUGGUGAUGCUCCACAUACCCCAAGCAGACAUGAGUACCAGGAACGUCGUCCCGGUGAUGCUCCGCAUACCCCAAGCAGACGUCGAAGUUCACAAAGCCCCACACGUGUCCCAGCACCAACCUCUCGAGGCCCAGAGCAUGUUCAAGCUGACGAUGACGACCACAGAGCCCCCCCGAUUAGGGUGACCGUUCCUACUUCACAACGCCCUCCAACUGUGAUGACACUUGAGCCGGAAGAACUUCAUGGAGUGAGCCGCGUUCCUACUCGUCACCGGCCUUCUGGUGCCGAUUACCGCAUGCGCCCUUCAACUUACCACCCUGAUGAACCUGAAUACGAUGAAGGGGACAGCCGAAGACCACCUGCAAGCGUACAUCGGGCGCCAACGAGUAGGCGUUCAUCGCCAUCUUCAUCUCCACCUAGCAGGCAUACCUCACCCAGCAGGCGUCCAUCCCCACCUAGCAGGCCUUCCACUCGGCCUCAAGAAUCACAUCCUGCAGCUACUACUGAAGAUGAUGCGGGUCGUCCAGCACGAACUCACGAAACGGGUGACGAACCUAUCCAUGGCAUACUUCGACCUCCAAGGACUGAAGCCAGUACGAGGGCUGAUAUGUUUGACGCACCUGAGCCGUUCCCCCCCCACAGCCACGCGACAGGAGAUUCUUAUUUGCCACCACCUUCUGUUGUUCGGCCUGGUCCUCUACACACCGAUGCUGAUGCCCCACAUGUUACUCCGCCAGAUCGCAGGGCAACCGCGACCCCAUUCGACCUUGGACCCGCAGACGACCAGCGUGAACGUCUCGAACGACUGGACGAAGUGGCUCUGCGCUUGCAUGAUGCGGCUGUUGCCGCCCAAGAAGCUGAGGAUCAGAGGGAAGUUGAGUUCCGCCACCAAGAAGAGGAACGCCAGCGCUUAUUCCUAGAUAACGAAGAGCGUAGGAAUGAAGACUCUCGGACGCGGAAUGAUACCAUCUGGCGAGAGCUGGACAGUCGUUUGGCUGCCCUCCCUCCUCCGGCAUCGGCUCCAGCAAUCUCAGCUGAGGACGUUGAAGGGGAACCCCUUGCCAGUGACAGGGCAUCAAUUGCUUCGAUCCGCACUGCAGCCCAGCAGGCAGCCUCUCAACAUGCCAGCGACGUUCUAGAAACCAUCAGGCUCGAAAGAGAAGAUUUUGCGAAGGAGAGAGAAGCCGCUGCCGCUGAAAGAGAUCGUCUCAUCGCGGAAGUGACGGCUGAACGAGAUCGCCUACUCGAAGAUCGAGAAUCGCGCAUCAAAGCAUUGGAAGAUGAACUCGACCAGGUUCGCAAUGACUUGGAGAAUGAGAAACAGCAACGUCUAACUGAAGAGGCUGAGACAAGGGAGAGAGAACGACAGGAGUUUAUCGAGCGUGAUGAGUAUGUGCGGAACCAGCUUGGGGACAUCACAAAUUUGGUUCAGGAUCAGGGGGUCGCAUGUGAGAGGAAGAAGGAACUUAUGGAGGAACGAUGGCAGGAUAAGUUGAGUCGACGUCAAGAAAAAGAUGACAAGUGGCUUGACUUGAGUGAGUUGGUGCAAAAAAUUCACAAUGAUAUGGAGAACGACCGUCAAAGAGCGGCGGAAGAGAAAGAAGCAGCUGAAGCUAGGGGUCUCGAAAGAAUGAUUCAAGAGCUCCAGAAACAAACUGCCGAACAGCGCGAGUUGCUUGAACUAUUUUCUGAAAGUUGGCGUGCGGAUUGUGCGAAGCACCAUGAAGAUACCAUCAACGCCGUUCGACAGACUGCACAAGAACAGGUUCCUUUCAAUGUUCAAGGGUACCUUGACGAGUUCAGCAAAGCCUUGGCAAGCGAGGUGCGCAUGCUUCUGGGAGAAGUAGGAAAACUGCGCGAAGAAAGGAGAGCUCUGCAACAUGAAUUGGGCUACCUUCUCUGUAUGAAGUCAAAAUACGGUCCAGGAGGAGAAUUCGAUCCCGAAUGGCGACCACCCGCAGGUGGGCCAGGUGGCCCUGGUGGUCCGUCACCACAGGAGCCGCCAGGACCGCCGCCGCCUGGCACCCAGCAGCCUGAUCUGCCACCCAUCGCGAAGCCUGCUUGGCGAUCAGUGCCGAAGAAGAAAGAUAAGAAGGCCAAAAAGGCCGAAAAACAACAGCAGCAGAUGGCCGCUCAGCAGCCCCAUGACUUCCCUGGAAUGCCCGGUCCAUCUUACGCGCAUAUGCAAGACCCGAGAAGACAGAUUCAGAGUUGGGCAACUUGGCAACCCGAUCCCGCUUUACACCCCACGCCACCUUCUGUGGAACCAACUUUACUCGUUCCUGAUCGUGGAAGCCCAGGAUUGUUCGGACCUCGCUCGGAAUCUGACACUUUGUCGUACCAGCAGCCCAGACGUUAA